AUGGCGGAUGAUGGCAGAGACGAGUCUUUGGCCACAGAUGAAGAGGAUUCAGAGCCGAGCUGUGAGGAAGGAGCGAGUCUCAGCACCGCGAUGGUGGACGACGGGUCGACUCUGAUCAGACGACUGGAGAUCUGUGUCGCAGAGGCCGAGAAAAGAACCGGAAAGAACGCCGUUAAUAUGGGCGAAAACUACACCGUGUACCUCAUAGAGACCAGGCCCAUGGACGCGGUGAACGACGGCAGGAACCCGGCCCCGGACUCUCUGUGGAGGAGGUACAGCGAGUUUGAGCUGCUCCGGAACUAUCUGCUCGUCACAUACCCCUGUGUGAUAGUGCCCCCCCUGCCCGAGAAGAGGGCAGAGUUCGUGUGGCAUAAACUCUCGGCCGAUAACAUGGACCCAGACUUCGUGGAGCGGCGCAGAGUCGGACUCGAGAACUUCCUGCUCCGAGUCGCGUCACAUCCUGUUCUCUCCAACGACAAGAUCCUGCACCACUUCCUCACCGAGGAACAUGGAUGGAAGGAGGCGGUGUACGACACGGGAUUUCAGGCUAAAGCGGACUCCAGACUCAGAGCUCUCAGCGCCACCUUCAGGGUCAGGAAUCCAGACAAGCGUUUUGUGGAGAUGAAACACUACAGUGACGAGCUCCAGUCCCACACGUCUCAGCUGCUGCGAGCUCGAGCCAGAGUGGCAGAUCGACUUUACGGAGUUUACAAAGUUCACGGAAACUACGGGCGAGUUUUCAGUGAGUGGAGCGCCAUCGAGAGGGAGAUGGGGGACGGACUGCAGAGCGCCGGACACCACAUGGACGCGUUUGCAGCUUCUAUAGACGACAUCCUGGAGGAGGAGGAGCACUACGCCGACCAACUCAAAGAAUAUCUGUCCUACGCCGAGGCCCUGAGGGCCGUGUGCAGAAAACAUGAGCUGACGCAGUUUGAGCUGGAGGUCUGUACCCAGGACCUGGUCACCAAGAGGCAGCAGAGAGAGGAGCUGGCCACCGGGAUGGUGCGCACGUUCUCGCUCAAAGGCGUCACAAAUAAACUGUUUGGUGCCGAGGCUCCAGAGCAGAGAGAGGCUCGGCUGAAGCUGCUGGAGGAGCUGAUCUGUGAAGGUCAGGACGGGGUCAAAGACAAGACGCUGGAGUGUCAGGAGCAGGUGGAGCGGGGACUCGUCGACAUGCAGAGAUUUAAAGAACAGAAGGACAAAGACCUGAAGGAGGCGCUCAUCAGCUACGCCCUCAUGCAGGUGUCCAUGUGCAAGAAGGGAAUCCAAGUCUGGAGCAACGCCAAAGAAUGUUUCCUCAAGAUGUGACUCAAGAGUUUAGAACGAACUAAACCUGAACAGUCUGAACCAGAGCUGUGCAUUAUGGGAAAAAGAGAAAACCAUUUGAACAAGUGUGAGAUUUCCACUUUGACAGGUUCAGAGGAGGGAGGACUGUUACAUUUACUCCAGGAACUUUUAAAACAAAUGGUACUUUUCUAGUGUAGAGGCUGGAAAAUGCCACGUGUAAAAACAGACACCCCUCAAAAUGUUCUUCUCUUAUUUGAGGAUUUGAUUUUCAUUCAACAGUUGAUGUGGUUCCAUUAUCUGUUUGAGUUAAAGUGCAUUUCCUCCACUGUCCAGUAGAUGGCGAGUGUGGCGCAGUGUUGGUGGAGAGUAGACUGAGAGCUGCAGAGGAAGAAUCCUCCUGAAGUAAAGCAACACAUGAUCUGUCUGUUCUUCUAUUUACAGGUUUGGAACACGAAAAUCACCAGUUUUAUGUCAAGUAUCAAAGUUAGAAGAGGUCAAAGGUUAAACUGAG